AGAAACUGAUCAUUUUGCAGUGGUAUCUUCAUUUUUUCAAGAGCUGUAUUUGUUUUAUUGAUACAUUUUUAUGCAAUAUGCUUACUUUUGAGAAGGAAAUCAAGAUUUUAUUGACUAAUUAAGUGUUUUUGGGUAUUGCUUUUUCUACCUGUAAAUUAGAUUCAUUUACAACAAUUCCACGCUUUUAUGACGCGUUUCGCUUAUGACGUCUUAUUUUCCGAUUCUUGUGGUUCUGUUUGUCUCUCUCGAAGUCUCUCAAAGACAGAAGUUAAAUCAUUUGUGUUAUUUGUGGCAUUGGUGGAUCAGUGCACAAUGAAUGUGGAAAAUAACUCUUCGUUGCGGAUGGAAGUUGAAAAACUGCGACGCGAAAUGCGCGAGCUGAAAUUAUCGCUGCUGGAUCGCGAUACCGAAAACACGGAGCGAUCGGAGCGAUGCAGCUUUUCAUCAACUAACGAUCCGUUCAGUUAUACAGACAGGAGAACACAGAUUAAUUGGCAGGACACUGUGGAUGAGGGAAAAUUAAGCAAUGGCCUGUUGAUGAGGCCCCACAAGACGUCCUCUCCCCUAAACCUGCUUCACACAGAUACAACCAUCCCACAAGAAGGAUCUGCACUCACUAAUGAAGAGCUGCCAAGCUGCUCCUUCAUAUGCCAGAAGCUGAAAGAUCCGAGGAGGAUACUGGGUGAAAUUGCUUUCCAGCUGGACCGUCGAAUCCUCUCAUAUGUUUUCCGGGAACAGUCUAGACUGUAUGGAUUCUCCGUGCAGAACAUACGUGAUAAAAUAGAGCAGGUCUCCACACACCCCCUGACAGGAAAGGUGGAUGAAGAAUACAAGUUUCAGCUGUCAAAGCGACACAUGGAGAUCAUGGAUAGACUUUGUACGCUGGGGUACAACAUCACCCUGCACCCCCCCUUCACAGAGUUUCUCGUCAACUCAUUCGGCAUUCUGAAGGAGCUGCCUGACGUGUACGGCGAACAAGAACCGGCCUUUAACAAUCCCAAGUUCUUACGUAGAGUGAUUGUUGAAACUGCCCCAUCCAAACUGCUCAGAGAACUCCUACUUCUUCUCAGCUGUCUGUGUUUCAUGGCGAAACAGGAUGGGAAGAGUCUCUUUCUGUGGUAGAGAGCGUACGGACAUCUGCACUCAGUCAGCAUAACCCUUCUUCCUUUACCAGUAAGGAAACUCCUUCCCGCAGAUCCUGCUAAAGCAAUGCUUUCAAAUAAACAACGUAUUGCAAGAUAACACUGAGCCUUCUUUGUUUACACGAGCAAUGUCAGAUUUAACAUAUAAUAAUAUGCAAGAUACUUGUUGUAUUAAAAUUGAAUUAUAAUUAGUGCUGUUGAUUUAGUGCAUUAAAAAAUAAUAACGCAAUUAGUCAUGCCCCCAAUGUGU